AUGACAUAUGCCCAUUACAACUGCAAUGGUAAAAUAUGGUUCUUUGUAAAUGAUAAUGUGGAUGUGGAGAUCCUGCAGGAUCUAGAACAACAGAUUACUAUAAAGCUGUUUUUCCAAGAGUGGAAUAAGUCACUUAUGGUAACUAUGGUCUAUGCAAAGUGUGAUCAUCUGGAAAGAAUAAGUUUAUGGGAUAGUCUGUAUAGUUUGGCUGAUCAAAUGGAAUUGCCUUGGUUGGUAGGGGGUGAUUUUAAUGUUAUUAUGAAUGAAGAUGAGAAAAUUGGUGGUUUACCAGUAUUUCCAGAUGAAUAUGAGGAUUUUGCAUUUUGUAGUGACUGUAUUUUCAAAAGAUUGGAUAGAAUGAUUGGAAACUCUAAAUUACAAGAUUGGUUUGCACAUAUGGAGGUGCAACAUUUAUCCAGAAUUGGCUCAGACAAUGCUCCUUUGCUACUUACGUGUGCUGAAUCUUCACAUCACAUAAGGAAGCCUUUCAGAUUUCUAAAAUUCUGGACAGAACAUGAAUCCUUCUUAGAGGUGGUUAAUCAGGCAACUUUUGGUGAUAUUUUCAAGCAACUAACAGUAAGGGAAGAGGUGGUGAGAAUUAAAGAGCAAUGUUUUGAAGAGGAUCCUACUCCUAUGAACAGGAUGGUCCUACAGCAAGCACAAGCAACAUUGAAAAAGUAUGUUCAUUAUGAGGAAGAAAUUUGGAGAAAAAAGUCACAUAUGACUAGUUUUGCUGAGGUUGACAGGAAUACAAGUAUGGUGGAUCAGGAUACUAACAAUCAGCUGGUAAGCAUGCCAACUUUAGCGGAGGUGAAGAAGGUUGUAUUUGAAUUAUCUGCAGAUAGUGCUGGUGGUCCAGAUGGUAUGAUUGGAAUAUUUUAUCAGGUGUGUUGGGACAUUGUUGGUGCUGAUGUAUACAAUCUUGUGAAAGCCUUUUUUGAUGGCCAAACUCUUACUAAGUCAGUCACACAUACCAACCUGGUACUGUUACCAAAGAAGAACAACAUUGAGACCUUUGCUGAUAUGAGACCAAUCAGUCUUAGCAACUUCAUCAACAAGGUUAUUUCUAGAGUGGUUCAGGAUAAGCUGGAGGGCAUUCUACCUUCACUGAUAUCUCCUAACCAGUCUGGAUUUGUUAAGGGCAGAUGUAUCAUUGAAAAUGUCCUUCUAACUCAAGAAGUUGUGACUGACAUUAGAUUAAGAGGAAAGCCAUCUAAUGUUGUACUUAAGCUUGACAUGGCGAAAGCAUAUGAUAGAGUAUCAUGGAGUUACUUGAUCAGAUUUUUAAGGAAGAUGGGAUUUGAAGAAAGUUUCAUAGAUAUGGUUUGGAGGUUGAUACCAAAUAAUUGGUACUCCAUACUCCUUAAUGGCCAAGCUCAUGGUUUCUUUCAUUCCACCAGGGGUGUAAAAAAAGGAGAUCCUCUUUCUCCUGCUUUGUUCAUCUUAUUUGCUGAAGUAUCAGGCCAACUUAUAAAUAAAGGCAAGAUCUCUUUCCAUGUACACAGUAAGGUGUCUAAUGGGCUGAUACAACAGGUGGAGACUAUUACUGGUUUUAAAAGAGGAACUUUUCCUUUUACAUAUUUGGGUUGUCCUAUCACACAUUCAAGGAAGAGGAAGGCUGAUUACAAUGAUCUGAUCAAGAAAGUCAAGAAUAGGCUGUAG